AUGAAACACUUAGACGCUUCAUUUAGCCGUUGUCACGUGACGUGGGUGUUUUGAAUCACGCUUCGGAUCAGUGUUUCGAAUCAUCUUUGCUUCGGGAUCUCGCAAAGCUUCGGAACGUCUGUUUCGCGCCAGCCAUCCUUAGUUUGAGAUGCGCCUUGCCUCGCCUGAAAUGUAGGCGAGAGUAGGCGGCUGCAAUCAUAGACAUUAUGUCUAUGGCUGCAGUGAGGAGAGUAGUGAAAAAAGUGCAGGCAAGCCGGACACUUCCUGAAUCUCGCUGUGUUGUGGACUGCAAACGUCAGCAAUGGAAGAGAUCGCGUUCUUUAUCGCAGACGAAGUGGAUGCAAUUGAAAUGUCACUGUUUUUACACGAAGAGAAUCACCGAAGGAUUCUGUGACAGUCAGCGGCGGUUCUGUCAUGUCAGUGUGGGUCACCCUGGUAGCUGGCAUGAUUCAAGGGCAUAUCGUUUGUCAGAGGUAGGCCGACUUCUUGAGGAAGAUCCACAUUCCCUGGUUCCUGAGGGUAUGCAUAUCAUUGGAGAUUCUGCAUACCCUCUUUUGCUUCAGCUAAUGAAGCCAUACAGAGACAAUGGCCACUUGACUGUCAGGCAGAGAUGGUUCAAUAGGAAACUGAAUUCUGCUCGUGUAGUCAUUGAGCAUGAAUUUGGAAUUUUAAAAUCAAAAUUCAGGAGACUCAGAUGUCUGCACAUGAAAAAAGUGAAGAGCAUUUCUUCCGCAGUCACAGCCUGUUGCAUUCUUCAUAACAUCUGCCUGAAAUCCAAUGACCACUUUGAGGAGCAUCUGCAGGCAGAUGAUAUGGAGGAUGACCCAUACCCACUAGAAGCCCACAUUCACAAUAAUGCAUCACAUCAUAGAGAUGCAAUCUGUGGCAGCCUGUGAACAGCACAUUGACUUGUUUUACCUUCAACACUUGCCUUAAACUUAUCUUAAGAUGAUGGUGGAUGGGAUUGUACAGGAUGAUAUUAAGCACUUAAUAUCAAAUGAUUGACAUAGUAUUCUGCCAGUCAACCACUGUCCCCUGUCUAGGGAGGAAUGUUUUGUGUUGUUAUCUCUGUAAUAAUGAUGUGAUGAGCAAUAAAAAUGAUGCGAUACACAUGGGAAUUGACUAUAUAGUUAAACUUUAUUUUUUAAUAGAUUGAUUAUCAUUUCUUGGGAUUUACAGAUUUUUUUGAGUUGUUCAAUUAUUUCUCCAAGGCAGGUAAGAGAUUUUUUUUCAAACACCCUUUUCCGCCUCUCUUUAAGCCUUCUUUGGCGCUCUAAGUCAGGCCGCACUAGUGACUCUAGAGCAGCUGUUCUCCUCUCUGAAUGCGCUUCAAAAACUUCACGGAAUGUGGAUCUUGUUUGUCUCCUGUGUAUUUCUGUGGAGGGCAUAGCAGUGGAGGGACCUGGUUGCUCUUCUGGGAGAGGCUGUUCUUGGGAGCUUGUGGCCUGUGCAGUUGAGGACUUCGGCACUGUAGUCUGGGAUGAGGUAGUGUUGAACAGGGGAGUUGAGCACAUUGUGCCUGAUGGUGCACUCCCAACUCCACAUUUCCCAAAUAAGUCUUCCAUUUGCUUUGAGAAAACAUGUAAAACAAUGUAAAUAGAGAUGCUUUAGAAAUUAUUUUAAGUAUAAACCCAGUGAUUCUGCAGUAAUUUCGAUACAAAAAGCACACCAACCUUGUAAUACUCCCAUGUAUCUUUUCCCUCUCCUGUUGACCGACACCGGUCUUUAGACCUUUUGUAGGUAGUUAUCAUGUUGCCAAGUUCUUUUUGCAAUUUUUCAUUGCUGAUGUUGUAACCUUUUUCUUUGAAAACUUGCUCAAGCUUUUUGUAGAAUGCAAUUUUAUUUCUAUAGUACAAAUGCAGAUACAUUUGUGUGAGAUCAAGCAGCAGCAGCAGUGUGGUCCUGUGUGUGAAUUCUAUGAAAACAGCAAUUUAUAAUUGUGAGAUAAACUUUUUUAUUUAUAUAUAUAUAUAUAUUGGAUAUUUUGAAACUGUGCAUACCUUGUUGGGUUUCUUGACAUUCUGACUGCAUGGAAGGGGAUUGAAGAUUUUGUGUUUGUGAGGAUUGUUGUGUGAGAUUUAUUUUCCUUAUUUCAACAGGGCACUCGACAAGGGAUGCUGGAUGAGUAAUCACUGGAUUGGGACACUGAGACAGAGUAGUAACAGGAGGAAAACACUGAGACAGAGUAGUAACAGGAGGGAAACACUGAGACAGUAGUAACAGGAGGGGGACACUGAGACAGAGAUGCUGGACGUGGAGGGGGACACUUGAGACAGAGUAGUAACAGGAGGGGGACACUAAGACAGAGAUGAUGGACAGUGGGUAGUAUCUGCCAAAGAGAACACAAUAAAAAAAUAAUAAAAUCCCCAUGAUCAUUUUAAAUGUUAUUAUGGUUAAAAAAAAUGCCUUACCUUGUUUCUGUUCUGCAUUUCUCACAUGUUGCAUUAUAUAUGCUGCAUGUUUUUUAUCUGUAAAAAGGAAUUUCAAUCAAUAAAAUAAAAUUA